AUGUUGUACUUGUGCAGCUUCCGAUGGUUAUUGGUACACUUUAUGAUCAGACUAUUUAAUGUGCAGUACGCAAGAGCAACUUGGCCGUCAUCAAACUUUUCAAACGUACAACUACUAGGCCUUUUUCAGGAUAUACCGAAUGCGGCGGAAGUUACCACGUUACCUGUUCAUUCUCGCGCUAUGUUUAAAGCAGCAGUACUGCUUUCUCAGCAAUAUAAUAUCACAGUUCAAGGACAAUUCAUUGGAUGGCAAGCAGCAGAAACCGGUGGCGAUGCAAUAGCUGCUCUCGGCAAUUCGUGCCGAAUAAUGUCUACUUCAAAGAUCGUUGGCAUUGUGGAUCCGGUAUUCUCAAGAGAAGCUCGCAUUGGUGCAGCUUUUGCUAAUACAAUUGGUAUUCCUGUAAUAUCAUAUGCUGCAACCGAUCCUGGUUUAUCUGAUCGAAAUGCAUUUCCUGCCUUUUAUCGCACAAUUCCUUCCGAUACUACAGCUGCCUUGUCAAUUGCAAAACUAUUCAUUCGGUUUAAUUGGACAUCAUGCAUAAUUGUAUAUCAGAAUGAUGAAUUUGGAUCAGGUGGCAUGAACGCAAUAAGUCAGGCAUUUAGUAGUAAUGGAUUGGCAGUCGAGGAAACACUAAUAUUUGAUAUUCUGACACUCCGUAUUCGAGAUGACUUAAAAAGCACUUUAUCCAGUAGUACAACACGAAUUGUACUAUUAUGGGCAGAGCCAUCUUAUACAUCUCUAAUUUUACAAAAUGCACUUGAUCAUGAUGUACUUGGUCCACAAUUCGUAUGGAUAUUGAGAUCAAGUGUACCGUUGAGCUCUUUUAAUCGAACAUCGGAUAAACCGUUAAUUGGAAUGUUUGGUGUAGAACCGGUAGUAGGGAGUGUUGUCAGUGCACCAAUAAAUACAACAUUGUUGAAUGCAGCAUAUAAUAUUUGGCAGCAUUAUGAGCCUGAGUCGUUUCCCGGAGCGACGGAAGUAGAGAAUUAUGCACUGUUUGCAUUUGAUGCAACCUGGUCGCUGAUUCAAUCAUUGCAGCAACUGUGUUCAACAAGUACUAAUAGUUCUCCUUCAUGUAUAGCAGUUGUCAACAGUUCAUUCUGUUUUGAUAGCCAUUUUCUCAACGCCAACUCUUUUUUCAAUGCAAUCAUUAGCACUGUAUUCCUUGGUGUAUCUGGCCGUGUACAGUUCAGUGCCAAUGUAACAGAUCGGAUAAAUGGUACUUAUUAUGUUGCGCAAAACGUUCAGCCUUCUGGAAAUGGCAUGAAUUACGUGUCAGUAUUGAAAUGGUCUGAUCCUGGUGACUGGAAAGCCUAUUCACAAGUCGAUGUAAUCGUGUGGCCUGGUAAUUCAUUAGUAACUCCUACUGGUCGUGCAGCACUUUCAGAUGUAAACUUACGAAUUGUUGUUAUUGAAGCACUUCCAUUCACAAUGCUCAAAAAUGUGACGGAUGCAUUUGGACAUAACACGACAAAGUUAAUUGGUUAUGUGCCUGAUCUUAUUGAUCUUUUGAAGAAUAGCAUGGGGUUUAUCCCUAAUAUUACCUUAGCACCAUCAAAUCAGACCUAUGCUGGGUUGAUCCUGGCAGUAGCAAAUGGCGUUUACGACAUGGCGAUAGGUGAUAUCACUGUUACAGCAGAACGAAGGAAAAUAGUCGAUUUUUCGACCUCAAUAUUUGAUAAUUCUUUACGCAUUAUUAUUCGGCAGGCACCUGCUGUUAAUGUAGAUCUCUUGUCGUACUUGAAACCGUUCUCACUUAAAGUCUGGUUGACGCUUUUAGGUGUUAGUAUUUAUGCCGCUAUUUUGUUCUGGCUAUUAGAGCGACAUAAAAACGAAGCAUUGCGAGAAAAAUCCAACAUUUCUGCAGGCGUAAUGAGUGCAUGGUUUUCUGUUGGUACUAUUCUGGGAUAUGGUGCGGAUUUUCGAGCCACGACAGCUGCUGGUCGUUUGCUAACUAUUGGUUUAUAUAUCUUAUGUUUGAUAUUAGUAGCGACGUAUACUGCAAACUUAGCAUCUGAUCUAACAAUAUCAAAAUCGAAGUAUGUAAUUUCUGGCAUUGAUGAUAUCAAAAAUGGAAAGAUACCAUUUGGUCGUAUUGGUAUCCUCGUGGAUUCAUCUAUCGAAGAUUAUUAUUUACAGGAAAUCUCCGGAGGUAGUCGAAAUUUUUAUCCAAUACAAUCACAAAAAGAGUUAUAUGAGAAACUACUAAGCAAAGUAAUUGAUGCAGGUAUAAUGGAUAGUGGUCUUCUAGAAUAUGCAACUAACGAUAUAUAUUGUAAUUUAACUCUUGUUGGUGCAGAUUUUGGUGAGAGUGCAUAUGGUAUUGCUAUCCCUAAACAAUGGCUGUAUGGACAAACUCUAGAUGUGAACAUCUUAUCAUUAAGAGAGUCCGGUGCUCUUGAUAAUCUGUAUAAAACAUGGUUUGAAACAAGUACUUGUGCAGCUUCAUCAUCUGUUGUAUCUGUUGGUGUGCCUCUUCAAGCAAUGGGUGGUUUAUUUCUUACCUUUGUAGUCAUUAGUGUUCUAUCAUUAUUAUUAUUCGCGUGGACGAGACGGUUUACUAUAAAAAAUUAUCUGACACGACCACAUCCAAAGACAUCGUCAGGCCAGGAACAUGUCACUAUGGAAAGACCUUCAAUCAUAACUUCGUCGAAACGUCCGCAAAACUCCGAAUCAACUGCAUCAGCUGAACAUCAUUUUUAG